GUCUGAGGAAGGAAGCCGGGAAGGUGGGAGGACUUGGGCAGCUGCCGGGACAGUCGCUUUGCGAGCGAGAGCGCCCAGGAGGUUCACGGGAUCCCUUAUAAAGAGCGACACUGACACGCACCACACACGCAGCGGCUCGUCUGCCUCCUCUCCUGCGCGCCGACCGCUGCAGCUCCCGUCGGAUUUGACGGCGGCGGGCUCUUUCUGCAGCUGAACUGGGGUCUUGGGCAGAAGGAAAGCAACCGGCCAGCUGGCUGCAUCUUCGCCUGCUCCUGGACGGGUAGAGGGAAUCCGCCAUGGAGCCCACUGGAUCCGGAUGGCCGGAAAGCAGAGGGCAACCAAAAGAAGCGGGUUUGGAGGAUGCCAAGGCCUUUUAUGAAAACCUCUCUCCCCAAAAGAAGCCCAAAUCACCAAAUCCGCAACAUGCCAUCACCAUUGCCGUGUCCUCCCGAGCCCUGUUCUGCAUGGAGGAAGAGCAGAAGAUUUACACUGAGCAGGGCGUGGAGGCCUACGUGAAGUAUCAGCUGGAGCAUGAGGAGGAGCCCUUCCUGCCCGGAGCAGCUUUCCCUUUUGUCAAGGCUCUGGAAUCGGUCAAUAGCCAGCUGCGGGAACUCUUCCCAGACAGUGAGGAACUUUUUGACAUUGUCCUUGUGACCAACAACCAUGCGCAAGUGGGCGUUCGCUUGAUCAACAGCAUCAACCAUUACAAUCUCUUCAUUGAGAGGUUUUGUAUGACCGGCGGGAAUAGCCCCAUUUGCUACUUGAAGGCCUACCACACCAACCUCUACUUAUCCUCGGACUGUGAGAAAGUGAGUGAGGCCCUAGAAGAGGGGAUUGCAGCUGCCACUAUUUUCACCCCCAUGAAAGAUGUGCAAGUCUCAGAGAAGCAGCUUCGUGUCGCCUUUGACGGAGAUGCUGUGCUGUUUUCCGAUGAGUCGGAGCAGAUCGUGAAGGCUCACGGCCUAGACAAGUUCUUUGAGCACGAGAAGACUUAUGUGAACAAGCCUCUCGCUCAGGGGCCACUGAAGGGCUUCCUGGAAGUGUUGGGGAAGCUUCAGAAGAAGUUCUACACAAAAGGCCUCCGCCUGGAAUGUCCCAUCCGCACCUACCUGGUCACGGCUCGAAGCGCUGCCAGUUCCGGGGCCCGAGCCCUAAAGACUCUCCGGAGCUGGGGACUAGAAACGGACGAGGCCCUCUUCCUGGCCGGCGCACCCAAAGGCCCCUUGCUGGAGAAGAUCCGACCACAUGUCUUCUUUGAUGACCAGAUGUUUCACGUGGAGGGAGCAAAGGAAAUGGGCACUGUCGCCGCCCAUGUUCCUUAUGGGGUUGCCCAGAAGUACAAGCUCUCAGGACAAAGAAAGGCAGCUCAGGACAGCAAGUAGUGGCCUGGGCUGGACCAGCCCUUGGUAGAGAAUGAAGUCUCAGUUGGUGAGUGCCAACUUCUAGGAUGACUAGAACCAAAGGUGUUGUGAUGGUCCACGAAGGAUCUGCUGCUGCCUGUACAUGUUGCACUUUAUGCUCUUCCCCACCAGCACAAUAGCUGUGUCCCACACCCUCCUGCAGGGCCCUCAGAGCAUCUCCAGGGGCUUUUUGGUGUCCCUCCUGUAACUAAGAGUGCUUCAAGAUAGAACUAGCCUUUUCUUCCUCCAAAACGGGAUCAUUUUGCAUCUGGGGACAUUUUCUUGUGAAAAUGCUAGGUGAACUUGACAUACGUCACACUCUCGCAAGUGCAGCAUGCAGGAAUUGCUGACGAGGCCCAUGGAAGCCUUGUCAAAAGAUGUUCUUGCAACGUUCUCUUGUUUGCAAAAAAGCCAUUUGUCGCUGGUUACAUGGCAGAGACCAGCUUGAAGCAUUCAGCUGAGGGGAGCCUGAAGUCCCCAUGAUGAGCCAGCAGAGGCUCAUCAUUUGAGGGAAAUUCUCCCCCCUCCCAUCUCUUCUGGCCACAGGGGGAGGGGCUGUUCGUUGUCCUCCCCUCCAAAGUGCCACUGCUGGGAAAGGAGUUCUGAGGUGUGUGUAAGCAUAUUCAUAGCCACAGAAGCUGCCUUGUGCCAAGCACAUGGAGCGACUUCACGUGUCAUGUGGGGCCUAAGAUGUGGCAUUUUCUGGGCACCCAUUCCGGAUGUAAUCUUUCCUGUGAGCCAGGCAGGAGCAAAAGUGGGGAAAGUGGGCUUUGGCUCUGAGUUUGAAUGCAAAAAUGGGCCUUGAGUAAAUGUCCGGCUCCAUGCGAGAGUCACACGGUGUUCCACAAGCAAGAAGGGGAACAGGGCUCCCUUUACAACACUGGGCUCCCUUUGGGGGAAGGAGAAGAGCACACAAAGGAUUUUGUCCUUUUCCUUUCCAAGCUUUGAGGCUGCAGGCUGUGGCCAGAAGCAGAUGGCCGCAGCUCAAAUCCCGACUCCUGGAGACUCAGCGGGCAGUCUGAACAAAUUGUUCACUCUAAAUAUAUUAAAUUUCAAAAGUGGAAGCCAUCGCCUCCUUCCAAGAGCUUCUGAGAGCUCUCCAUCCACAGCCUCAGACCAGAAUGGAAUCAAAGGCUCCUAGGGUUGGAAGGGACCUGGGAGGUCUUCUAGUCCAAACCCCUGCCCAAGCAGGUGUCCCCAAUGAAGGUUCUUCCACUUUCAGUAUGACUGCACCUUAUUCUUGGGAAAAGAUCCAAGAAACAAUUUCCCCACAGAACUCACUGCCUCAGGAGUGCAUUCUUUCCUUUUGCAGAAAGAAUUUUGCUGUCAGUGUUCUGCUUCUUCAUCUUCAUGACUGUGAAUGAAACACCUUCACACCUGCCUGACUAGAUGGAAGUUUGUCUGUAGUAAACCUUCUGUUACCACA